UAAGGUCAUCUCAUCGACAAGAUCACUCGGCAAAACCAUGAGGUGUCUGGUCUUCGUUCUGCUCAUCGGAGCGGCCUUUGCCACGGAGGACGACAAGAUCGUCGGCGGCUACGAGUGCCAGCCCCAUUCGCAGCCCCAUCAGGUGUCCCUGAACUCCGGCUACCACUUCUGCGGAGGCUCCCUCGUCAACGAGAACUGGGUGGUGUCCGCCGCUCACUGCUACAAGUCCCGCGUGCAGGUGCGUCUGGGCGAGCACAACAUCAAGGUGUCCGAGGGAACCGAGCAGUUCAUCAGCUCGUCCCGCGUCAUCCGCCACCCCCGGUACAGCUCGUACAACAUCGACAACGACAUUAUGCUGAUCAAGCUGAGCAGUCCCGCCACCCUCAACCAGCACGUUAAGGCAGUGGCCCUGCCCAGCAGCUGCGCCCCCGCCGGCACCAUGUGCAAAGUCUCCGGAUGGGGCAACACCAUGAGCUCCACCGCUGACAAGAACAAGCUGCAGUGCUUGGACAUCCCCAUCCUGUCCGACAGGGACUGCAAGAACUCCUACCCCGGCAUGAUCACCAAUGCCAUGUUCUGCGCCGGAUACCUGGAAGGCGGCAAGGACUCUUGCCAGGGUGACUCCGGUGGCCCCGUGGUGUGCAAUGGUGAGCUGCAGGGUGUCGUGUCCUGGGGCUACGGCUGUGCCGAGAAGGACCACCCCGGUGUCUACGCCAAGGUCUGCAUCUUCAACGACUGGUUGGAGUCCACCAUGGCCAGCUACUAAGUGAUCCGAGUGGAUCAGUCAAGCACUUUGUGUUCCAUCUUUAGUGCUGGACGACAUGACCAAUAAAGCAAUCUUGAAAUAUA